AUGUUCUCUGCAGCUCGCCUACUGACACCUCACGUUGUGACCAUAGACACGAAUAUAAAGCCUUUUCAAUGCAGGCUGUGUUCGCUUUGCUUCUCGCGGAAGGAGCUUCAUGAUCGGCAUCAGCGAAGGGUUCAUCCAGCCGAAAAUGGCAGCAUCCAGGCGCCGCUCAUUGUCGCCUCUUUGGGGGCACCCUCACCCGGAAACCUCCCCUCAAACGCCCAAGGACUGUUGGGGACAGGAGGCGCUCAGAAUGAAAACAGUCUGCGAGUGACACCAAGCUCUCCCGAACGACGACAGCCCUUGAGUCAGCCAUCGCCUUCGGCAGGAAGAGGGUCUAACCUCUUGACCCAAUCCGCUUCUCUUCCAGCAUCUCAGUUGCCACAGUCGUCCCUUCGGGACAGAAAUGUCGAUCGCGAUGCCAACGGUCCCCGAGCAGGCCAGAUGGCCUCCAAUCUGCACUCCUGGAGCGAGCGAGGAUACGAGAACAGAGUUGUAUCAGCGGCGGGCACCGUGUGCGGCGAAGAUUCCUCAGACGCCUUCGUCAACACGGUUGAGACUGACCUGCUUGCGGCGACCCAGACUAUCUCCUCAGCCCCGGAGGCCGGCAGGAAUCAAAGUCCGUACGCCCAGACGAGCAACGAUUCAUUCCCUUUGCCCGUGGACACCACCGCGUUGAAUUCGUCUGUUGCGUCCGGUUCAACUGCGCCAUGCGCUGUCUACGACUCAACCCAAUCUGGUCAGGAAGCCUUCCCUGGUCAGCGGCCGGCUUGGAUCGCCAGCCUUCUCACUCAGCAAUCUGAUACGGGUUCGCCUUCUGACUGUCUGAGCGUGGCAUGUCGAAUGAGAUCAAUUAUUCUGAGCAGCAUAAAAUCAGCUCAGGCAACCGACUUAUCAGUGACCCAACAAAGCCUUUACCUUCCCGACCACGCCGUUCUGGCUGCAUAUUAUGCAAAAUUCUUCACCGUGUUUGACGGAGCGAUGCCUUUUUUGCAUCGAGAACUACUUCAGCAAAGCAUUCCAGCUCUGCAUCUCGCCGUCCUCGGGGCCGGCGCAAUUUACUCCGAAGAUCGAUGGUUCGGUGAUAUCAUGCUAAAAGCCUCUAGAAAGAUAGCAUUGCACGAACUGAAGGUCAAAGAUUCGGAAACCGUCACACUCGGACUACUUAACGCUUUACUCAUCAACAUUGUCUCUGGCCGUCCGAUCUCUGGCGAUCAAACGCCUAGUGCCUUUGUAGGAAGCUUACACAGUCUUCUGUGGUUAGCCGCACGUGUUGAAAAUCGGGUUACAAGCUUCAGCUUUCGUGCUCCAGGUAUAAAUCAAAGAUGGCAAGAUUUUAUCUACUCUGAAGCAACCACGAGGACAAUGCUAUCGGUUCUUGUAACGGUAGUGAUGUGGUCGUCGGUGUUGGGGUUGCCUCGAGACAUGACGACCGAUUUCUUCGAUCGUGUAAGAUUACCGUCUCCUGACGCACUCUGGAGAGCAAAUUCGGCCGAGGAGUGGGAUAAUUUACCAGGGGACCGGAGUCAGCCGUCUCUUUUGCAAGCAAAACUCGAUGCCACAUUUGCCGGCAAGUCUCACAGGUGUGGGUCGUUUCCCGCUCUCUGCCUCAUCGCCGGCGUCUCACUCAGUGCCAGCGAUAUGAGAAGGAGCUGUUCAAUGUCUCCCGAAGACCUCACAGACUUGCUCGGAUGCGCUACUCACGCAUGGGCUGCCGGCUACAUGCCGGACAGGGCAGAAGCAUCGCAGGCAGGUAUACUGUCUCUAACGAUUUGCGACUAUCUCCGACUAUCUCCGACCGUCGAUAUUCCCGCCAUCAUGUCAUGUUUUGUUGGUUGUGACUUUGGGGCCAUGCGGCAGAAAUGCUGCCAAGCUAACCUUCGCACUGCUGGACACGAGGCCCUGCGGGCGCUCCGUCGCUGGAUUUCCAUUCUAACCAGGCAAUUCCGUAUGAUUAUGUUGCCGUCCGCCGUACUGGUGACAGAGCACGCCGUGUCCCUCGUCGACUCUGGUGGAAUAUAUGACGACAAUGCAACGCAGGUCAUGAAGGUUCUCGCUGAACUUGGUCUUCCGAGCUCCACGAGACCACGGCCUUUCCAAGUAUGGAGCGCGUUGCGCGAUUUCAUUGGCAACGAUUCAAGUAAGGCUGUGAUGAUCUGCGUUGAACCCAUUCGCAGCAGUUUCUAA